UUCUCUCUCUCUCUCCUCUCCCACACUCUCUCGACCCCUCGGAACCCUAAUUCGCCGCCGCCACCGACAAAAGGCUUCCCAACCGCCGCCUCCUCCUCCUCCCCACUUUCAGGAACCCUAGCCCCUAAUCGGCGGCCGCCUCCGUCGACCUCCACUGUCUCCUGCCCAAACACGAUCCAUAGCAGUUGUCCUCUAACCUUAAUCGGUUAAUCCUCUUCAUCGAAGGCGACGACUGUGGGUGUGGGGUGACCUCCAGAAUGAGAGUAGUGAAAAUCACGAAGAUGGCUCUGCUUCCUUUUAAUUUGGCAAAGUUUAUUCUUGAAAUUUUGUUCUUAUGGCCUCUAAGCUCUUUUUGCUCUUUGAUUUUAAUUCACUGUUGUUUUGAUUCAUGAGUUUUGAUUCAAAUAUUUUCUUUUGAUUUCGAUUCACAACGGAUUUUGAAUUGGAAUGUGAAUUUUGCCGUGUGUGCUGAUUUCAGAUUUGGAGUGUGGAUUUUGCUGUCUUGGUGUUUAAUCCUCCAAUUUGAUACAGUGAAUUGUUUCAUUUAAUUGUGUAUGAGCAAAUUUAGUGAGUUGUUUAAUUUAAUUCUUCAAAUUUGGAUUUAAAAGCAGAAAUAAAAUCAUAACAUUAUUGUAUAAAAGCUAAAUUUAUAAAUUUGUGGGUCCCAAAUUCCACUAUUAUACACUAUUUAUUACACACUCUAACCAUUUCUUAAAACUUGUGCCCUUUAAAAAUGAGACUACUAUUGUCGGACGGAGGGAGUAAUAAAGAGUCAAUAGACUUGAAUAACAUAGUAAUUCUAAGAGACGCAGCUGGUGGACCAAUGUUAUAGGCACCUAAAUUUGACAAGGCAGUGAGAUUAAAGUGAAUGAAACAGCAGCUUCGUUUCUCAAUCGGAGGAUAAAUUGACGAAGGUGAUGUCUUUCGUGGGGCGGACCCGAACCGGCCACGCCCGGUUCAGGAGAGCCCCCGUGGCCUCUUCUCCGGGCUCCGGGGAAGAGAAGAUCUACUGCCCCACCCCCAUCCAGCAGGUUCCGGCGGUGGAGACCAUGACCUUCUCUUACUCCUUUGUCGAUUCGCCGCUUUCUUCUUCCUCCGACUUCAAGAGGAAGUGCUCUUCGUCGGAAAACGCCAUGUGCUCCAAGAGGAAGAAAUUGAGGAUGAAGAGGGUGGUUAUGAUGCCGGCGAUCAGCAUGAAAAUGGCUGACAUCCCACCUGAUGAUUACUCCUGGAGAAAAUAUGGCCAGAAGCCAAUUAAAGGUUCCCCACAUCCUAGGGGUUAUUACAAGUGUAGUAGUGUACGAGGCUGUCCAGCUCGGAAACACGUGGAGAGAGAUGUGGAAGAUCCAACAAUGCUGGUGGUGACCUACGAAGGAGACCACACUCAUAAUCCCUCCAUCGCUGAAACAUCUACUGCCAUCAUCUUAGAAUCUUCUUAAUUUUAUCAAUUAAACUAGACUCUGUAUCAUUUAGUUAAUCAAUCUGCAUGAUUUAAUUUAGGACUACA